AUGGCUCAACACGGAGAGGUUGCUACGUUCUUUAAGGCGCCUCUGCUUGCCAGUGAGUGGCCAGUCUGCUCUAGAAGGAGAGAGGGUAGAGGGUGGUUGAGUGAAUCUGGAGCCCUGACUCCUACGGGAUCCACCCAGGACUUUGACAAGCAGGAACUGUUGGAGUGUAUCCGCCGGCUCAUUGAAGUGGACAAAGACUGGGUUCCUGACGGCCAUGGAAGCAGCCUCUGUGUACGGCCUGUGCUGAUUGGGAAUGAGGCCUUGGCACAGGAUACUAUGAGGAGGUGCCUGAGCCUCCUGAGGGCAGACCAGGUGCAGGCUACUGGCAUAUCAAAACAAGGAAGUAUGACCAUACAGGGAGGCUACUCAGGUCCUCUCAGAACACACGAGGACGGGAUACUGGAGCUGGCAACCCCGGCACUGGAUGGCCUCAUCGUGCCUGCAGUGGUACGACUAAGCCUGCUGGAUCUGGCUAGGUCUUGGUGCCGGUGGUCGGCUGCAGGGCAGGAGUCUGGGGAUUACAGUGUUUCUGUCCCUUUGUUCCGCAGGGCGCUGGAGCAGGGCCGCUUGCGGGAAAUCUUUGGCUCAGGCACCGUUUGUCAGAUCUGCCCAGUGCAUCAAAUCCUGUACGAAGGCAAGAAACUCCACAUUCUCACCACGGAGAAAUGGCCAGAGCUUAUCCUGCGCUUCCAGAACAAGCUGAAGGCUAUUCAGGUGAGCUCAGGAGUAGCAACUCUGAUAAUGAAUACCUGUGGCCAGAAGCACGGGAACUUUCUGUGCUUCGGGAGUCUCUGCGGCUUUGGGUCCUGA